CACAGCUCCUGGAACCGGCUAGAAUGAGCACCACUGCUACACUGAACACCCAUUGUCUCCCACCACCACCUGUGCCUGAACAAGAGGAGGAGCAAGAGCAACCUCAGAUACACAUGUGUGUUUUGUGGUAUGCAGGGCAGCUGGGGAUCACUUACUAUGACACAGGAGACUGCUCAGUCUACUUCAUGCCCGACAUGCCUGAUAACGAAGACCUCAAGCUGCUGCAGAAAGUGAUUGAUGAAGUCCUUCCCCAAUGCAUAGUGACUAGUGCCAAGCAGGAUCACAACAUUGCCAAAUUCCUGACCAAUAUGGGUGCUGCUACUGGGGACGGGGACAAACCAGAAAUUGUCCUCUUUCCCAAUAUGGACUUUGGCCUGGAAGUGAGCAAACAGCGGAUCCUAUCUAGGCAAUUCCCUUUCAUUCCCUCUCAUAUGACUGCAACAGAGAAAAUCCUCUAUUUGUCCUCCAUCAUUCCCUUUGAGAGCCCACUCAUGGUACGAGCAUUAGGUGGGCUGUUGAAGUUUCUUGACAGGAGGCGGAUCGGAGUCGAACUGGAAGAUAGCACAAUCGGAGUUCCCAUCUUGGCCUUUAAAAAGUUUGUGCUCAUGGAUAUUGUGAAUAUGGACCAAGAUACUUAUUGUGUCCUACAGAUAUUUAAAAGUGAGGUGCAUCCUUCUGUUUACAAGCUGGCCAGUGGGCUGAAAGAAGGACUCAGUUUGUAUGGGAUUUUGAACCGCUGCAGGUGCAAGUGGGGAGAGAAACUGAUGAGGUUGUGGCUCAUGCGGCCCACCCGGAACCUUACAGAGCUGAACAAACGGCUGGAUGUUAUUCAGUUCUUCUUGCUGGCUCAGAACCAUGAAACAGUCCUGACUCUUCAAGACUGCCUCAAGAAUAUAAAAAAUGUACCUCAGAUUCUGAGAAGAAUGACUCUUUCACAUACAAAGGUCAGUGACUGGCAGGCACUUUAUAAGACAGUUUAUAGUGCAGUGUGCCUCAGAGAUACAUGCCGCUCCCUGCCUAGCAGCAUCGAGCUCUUCCAGACCAUUUCACAGGUCUUCACCGAUGAUCUGCACUAUAUUGCCAGUCUCAUCAGCAAAGUGGUAGAUUUUGAAGGCAGUAUCUCAGAAAACCGCUUCACUGUCAGACCCAAUGUGGACUCCACCAUUGACGAAAAGAAACGAAAGCUGAUGGGUCUCUCAGACUUCCUUACAGAGGUGGCCCGGAAGGAAUUGGAGACCCUGGACAAUCGGAUUCCUUCCUGUUGUGUCAUCUAUAUUCCCUUGAUUGGAUUCUUGCUUUCCAUUCCACGGCUGCCCACAAUGGUGGACAAGAGUGACUUUGAGAUUGAAGGCCUGGACUUCAUGUUCUUGUCAGAGGAUAAACUGCAUUACAGAAGUGCUAGGACAAAGGAACUAGACAGCAUUCUGGGUGACCUGCACUGUGAGAUCAGAGACCAGGAAACACUUAUCAUGCACCAGAUGCAGACAAAGAUCUUGGAGAAGUCGGCGGUGCUGAACAAUGUGAUUGAGUACACAGCGCACCUAGAUGUGCUGCUAGCUCUGGCAGUGAUGGCUCGAGAGAAUAGCUACAGCCGUCCAUGCUUUACCCACCGCCAUGGCAUCCACAUCAAGGAUGGCAGGCAUCCACUCAUGGAGCUAUGUGCAAAGACUUUUGUGCCCAACCCUGUGAACAGUGGUGAGGCUAAUGGGCGGAUAAAGAUCCUUACAGGGCCCAACUCAUCUGGGAAGAGUGUAUACUUAAAAAUGGUGGGCCUUAUAACAUUCAUGGCCCUAAUUGGCAGCUAUGUCCCUGCUGCAGAGGCUGAGAUUGGGGCAGUUGAUGGGAUUUACACCAGGAUUCACAGCAGGGAAUCAGUAUCUGUGGGACUCUCCACUUUCAUGAUUGAUCUCAACCAGGUUGCCAAAGCAGUGAACAAUGCCACUGGGAGGUCCUUGGUACUUAUUGAUGAGUUUGGCAAAGGGACCAACACAGUGGAUGGCCUCUCCCUUCUGGCCGCUGUGCUGAGGUAUUGGCUCAAUCAGGGAAUCGGGUGCCCGCAGGUCUUUGUCUCCACUAAUUUUCACAGCUUGGUGCAGCUGAAGCUCCUUCCUGACACCCCUCUUGUGCAGUACAUGACAAUGGAGACCCACCAGGAUGGAGAUGAGUUAAUAUUCUUUUAUCAGCUCAAGGAGGGGGUGUCUACUGUUAGCCAUGCAGCCAAUAUUGCUGUGUUGGCUGGGAUGCCACCCAAAGUGAUUGCACGAGGAGUGGAAGUAUCAGAGCUUAUCCGAAAUGGAAAACCUAUUAGACGUAUUGAUCAUCCAUCCAAAGGGAACCAGCUAGAGAGAUGCAAGUCUCUGGUGGAAAAGUUCCUUUGCCUAGACCUUGAUGACCCCCAUGUGGACUUAGAGAAGUUCAUUAGUCAGGAAGUGCUGCCCUCUGCAGCCUCCAUUCUGUAACCACUUAAUCCUAGAAACAUGGACUAUAUGCUAUAGGCCUCCAUUGCUGUCAAACAACAAACAUUUUGGUGGGAGGGAGCUUAAAAUGUCGCUAUAAUUUGAUAUUAACGGGAAUAGUAUCCCUUCUUCAGUGAAUUUUCUUCAACUCCAAAUAUGAAAUGCAAUCCAACAUACAGAAGCAACUACCCAAUAUCCAGCUGAAAAACCCCAUGACAAGAGAUAUAUGUUCUCCAGAGUAAAUGAAAUAACUUCUACAAUGAUCAAUAAUGUCUCUGACCAAUGCUCCCACCCCAUAUUUAAAUUUUAAAACAUUUUUAUUGUAAAAGUUAUGUUUCCUUUUUCCUGUUUCAAACAACUGUUAUGGCUACCUAUCUGGCUGAGAUGUGACCUUUUUAUCUAGUAGUAGCAGCACAGGAGGGCUGGAAGUCAGGGACCUUGGUUUCUCUUCCACCUGUGUGACCUUGGGGUAAAGUCUUAACCUCUUUGUACUUGUUUACUCAUUUGUAAAAUGAGUACAUAAUAAUCUAACUACUUCAGAGCACAUACUGAGGCUUAAAGGUUUGUAAAGUGCUUUAAGAUCGACAGAUGAAAGGUGCUAUAGAAGUACAGCAUAGUCAUUGUGUACAAGAUCAUAGUUUGGGACCUAUCCAUGAUACAUCCUUCCUCAGCUGAUAGUACUGUGAGGAUAAAGUGCUCAGUCCCUAAUGCAAGAGAGUGUGUUGCAUCACACUAUAGUGACUCUCCUAGUCCCUUUCGGAUCAGGAUCAAGAGAUUGCACAGAAAUGUGUGUCCUGUUCCCCUGAGUCAGAAAAAAACAUUUGUCAUUAUGCAGGGCAUUGAGAAUGAGGAUAACGGAGAGGAAAAUGGGGUGAUGUCAUUUCUUACAUCACUAACUGUCUUGUCCAGAAAAAUGGCAUUCACAAUGGGGAUUGGUGAUGCGGUCAUUUAACAACCUUAUAGUGUAUUACUUCUGGGGAAGUCCACAUUCAAACUCUGCUUAUUAUUGGUCACCAGUAGAAAUUUAAUUGUGGUUUCAUCCUGCCUGCUACAGGUUGUUUGUUCACAUAAUAAAGCAAUCACGUAAUUUAUCUUAAUGAACAGUCUCUGCUCAGAAAAAGCUAGGAGCUGUCAUAAAUGGAAUGUUGCAGGGCAGAAUCAGCAUGCAUUGGCAGAACCAUGUGAGGAUGCAUUUUGGUUUGCUGAAACAAGAACUGCUCUCUCCCCAUAGGUUCUAUAUUAUAAACAUACAAACUUGUUGUUAUUUUAACUCCACUUACUUUUAGAAACAUACAGAAAGCAAGGAAAUUGAAGAAUGUAUUGAGAAUUUAAGCCAGAGAUUAAUAUUUUAAAUUCUCUCCAAGUUUUAAAUGAAAAUUUGAGGAUGGGGAAGUAGGAUUUUGAUUGAGACAGAACUUUGUUGCAAUGUAGUGAUUUUUCCUUUAAUGCAUUAUGUGGUGUGCUAUCAGACUACAAAAUAUACAACUAUAGUUUCAAAUAAAGAAAACAUACAGUGGUGACAAAUUAACACAAUUAACAGGAAACGACAACAGGGAUAAAUUAAAGCAACAUGCAGUUACUAUUGUUUCCAAUAGAAUUAUAAUGUACUGUCUUCAAAACAAUGUGCAGCAACUAUGCAAUUAACUUGUCAUCACUGCAGUUAAAUCACAGGGGCUGCUCUAUGUUUUUUGCCACCCCAAGCACAGCAGUCAGGCUUCCUUCAGCGGCAUGCCUGCGGGUGGUCCGUGGUCACGCUGAUUCGGCGGCAUUUCUGCAGGUGAUCU